UUCAGUGUCACACAGCAUCAGUAAUGGAAGGUGCUUAUUCCAACGUGUUUGUUUAUCUGCUUGCUUAUUUACGUGUUUCGUUUAAGAUAUUUUCCAGCACUUUGUUUCCCUUCCACGCCAUGUUAUCCGCAACUGUAGUUCAGCCACUUUAAGUAGCCCGAGGCUAAGAAGACUGCUAUGGACACAGUUUAAAUGAUUAUGAGGAGAUCUGGAAAAGCGAGGAAAUAGUAAUGGACUUCAGAGAGAGAGAGAGUCGCAUGUAAGCAUUUGUACUCUUAACUGAGUUAAAGUGAAUAAGAGAAGAAGGGAGGAGACGCUCCUGUUUAUUUGCAAUCUGUGUUUGUUUUUAUGUUUUUAAUCUCUUCAGUCAGAAGGACAAUUCUACUCUAAUGCUGUAACCCAGCUGUUACAGUGUGAAGUGCACCACUGCGCAUUUUGUGUGGAACGCUGUAUGUUUGAAAGAGAACUUCCUUUAUUCCUUGGCUCGGUGUGAAAUUCUGUGCCACUUUGUCAUUAGAGUGUAAGAAGCUUGGGAUUUCAUACUCCACUGCAAAGUUUUUUUUUCGUCCUCGAGCCUUGACUCGCAGAUUGACUCGCAGCUUUCCAUCAGCAUGGCUUUACCCGAUCAUUCCAGCGGCAUUUCGGAGGAACUCGGCUUUCCAGAGAUUAUCGAACUCAACGUCGGAGGACAGGUAUACAUAACUCGUUACUCCACCCUCACUAGUGUUCCCGACUCACUCCUAUGGGAGAUGUUCAGCCAGAAAAAUGCCACGAGCCUGGCGCGUGACACCAAGGGCCGCUUUUUUGUUGACCGUGAUGGCUUCCUGUUCCGCUAUGUCCUGGACUACAUGCGAGACCAACAACUCGUUCUGCCCGACCAUUUCCCAGAGCGAGGGAGGCUACAGAGGGAGGCUGAGUAUUUCAAACUUCCUGAGCUAGUCAAGAUCCUGGUGCCGAAGUUCAGCAAACAGAACUCACUGGGUGAUGAUGGAUGCCAGAGUGAUCCAGAGGAGUCAUCGCCCAGUGCUGAUGCUAGCCGAAACCUGGCGUCAUUGGGGACAGCUACCUGCAGCAGCCUGGCAACCAAUGAUGGCAAGCGCACAGGGUUCAUCACCAUAGGCUACCGAGGCUCAUACACACUGGGCCGUGAUAGUCAGACUGAUGCUAAGUUCCGACGUGUGGCCCGGAUCAUGGUAUGUGGGAAGACGUCGUUGGCCAAAGAGGUUUUUGGGGAAACCCUGAAUGAAAGCCGUGACCCUGACAGGCCACCAGAAAGGUACACCUGUCGCUACUAUCUGAAGUUCACUUUCCUUGAACAGGCUUUUGACAAGCUGGCUGAUGCUGGUUUUCACAUGGUGGCAUGCAACUCAACGGGCACAUGCGCUUUCACGCAUGACCAAACUGAUGACAAGAUUUGGACCAGUUACACAGAAUACGUCUUCUACCGUGAGUGAGAACAGACCCAUGUUCCUGACCCUUGUCCUUCCAAAACCUACUUGACUCUCUCUGAGAUUGUGCUCCCUUAGAUUUAGAUGCUUCUAGAUCACCAUCCCAACCUUCAACCAGACUUGCCCUUAAUGCUUUUUGUCAUGUUCCUCUCUUCAAACAAACUCUGCCCCUUUACCCAGAGACAGCUCCUAAUACUUGUGUAAUCAUUCCUGGCCUUUGUGAAGUCCUGUGUCAUGUUGUUGGGUUUAAAAUUUGUGGUUUCCUUUGCUUUUAAACUGGCAAAAUGUUAGCCUUUAAGGGCUUAGGAAGGGGUAUCUUCGUAUCUCCAAAUAGGCUUGGCACCAAACCAUGGCAUUCUUCUUGUUAGUCCAUCACAUACGUGGACAUUUAUGGUUUUCCUGAAUGUUGGUUAUCUGUUAUGACAAAUCGUUCAGUCUAAUUCAUUCUAGUGUUAUUCGAAAUCUUUUGGGACCAAGUCUUUAGGAAAACAGUAGCUAGACAAGAUAUGUGUAUGUACCAUAACAUCAAUCUCUUUGAUUGAGAGACAAGCACAUUAUUCUGAAUCUGCAAUGUGACUGCAUAAAUAAGCUACAGUUGCCACUAUGGUGCAAGAAGAUUGAACAAUCUGCCAUGUUUUGUUUCCGUCAAACUGAAGCAAAGUGUGUUCAUAUGAAAAAAAUUGUGGUAUGCUGUGGGAAUUCUAACUAACACAAAGUGUUACACCAGAAGGGGAAGUUGCCUUCUUGCCAAAGCACAUCAAGGGCUGAACUCUGAGCAGGAGUGAACACACAGACACAAAAAGGAUUAAGGUGUUGGCUGAAAUCUGCUCGGUAAAGCCUGAUGAGAUGUAUUGAUAGUGACACAAGGCAUCUGGUGUUUUGUUCAUUUGUGUCACAAAGGAAAACCUUUUAAGCAAAACCUUUCCUUUUUUUUAAUACAUAUUUCUCUUUAUUAUGCAUUUUUAGUUGUUUUUUUUACAUUUCCCUAUCAUGUGUAUGUAACCAUAUGCCAUUUCAAAUUCUUUCUUUGUAAAACAGAUACUGCAGUUGUAUUAACAUAUUUGUAUUUUUUUAUUUUUAUUUUUUAGUCAAUUUGAUUAUAUAGCGUUUAUUCAACCUACAGAAUGUAUAGAUUUAUGUUAGCAAGUAAAGUCAGAAAAGUUUAGGUUAAGGGAGCAUUAAUGUUAUGAACACAGCAAAUUCUAAGGUGUUUAAAAGGGUGUGAUAAAACAAAACAAUAAAUACAAAAAAACUAAUAUUUUUUUUAAUUUUCAGGUUCACCCUUAGGAUAAAUAGGAAUUUGCACAGCAUUUGGUACCUCAGAUGCCUAGAAAGUAUUAAGGCACAAUUAAUGACAUGGUUCAAAAAAUAAAUCACUUAAUGCUCACUUAAUGCAUCAGGCAGAUUCUUGCCAUACAUGUGCUAUUGGCUGACAAGAAAGAUUUACAUUGAGCCACUCAUAUCCUUAAUCAGGAGAUCCCAUUUCCCUAUUAAUUUUCUUGUAAAGACAUUCUGUGUUGUUAGCAGCAAGUUAGCAAAAGAAAACUGCAAAACCAGCAUGAAUAAAACAGCAAUUUCUGUAAUGUGUGGUGAAUUACAAGUACCAAUCAGUUGUGUAUUGCUCUGUGGAAUCACAGUUCUCAGUAUCUAAUCACUGUAAAGUUGUUAAAAAAAAAGUAUUUGGUAAAUAACUUAGAACCAAAAUGUGAAUUAAGACCAGCAGAUGAAAUACGGUCUUAUCAGAAUUUGCCUUGAUGACGAUGUUGCUGUGUAUUUAGUUAAUGGUGGAGAUGGAAGCAUUAAACUGGAUUAUCAUGCACAUAUCUCCUGAACAUAUGUCUUCUCUUUGCAAUGUGCUUAGCAUUUCUCAAGCCUGCUCUUGCCUUUCCUUUUUUUUCGCCUUAUCAUUUUUUCGGUGAUGACUUCAAAGGCAGACUGAAGGAAUAACCAGAAUAGAAAUGAGGGCAAACGGAUAACCGGUUCCUUCAAAGCAGAUUACUCAGCCCGGUAAACAAAUUUGUUAGCUAAUAUAGUCAGUCAAAUAGUCAUUAUUUUAUUUAAAUUGGAAUA